AUGAUCUUGAAAAUUCAACAAAAUAUUACUGAAUUACAAAUACAAAUUGAAGAAGAACAAAGACAACGUGAUGAAGCACGUGAAGCAGCUGCUGUAGCUGAACGUCGUACUAAUCUUAUAACUGGUGAACUUGAAGAAUUACGUACAGCUUUAAAACAAGCUGAAUGUGCACGUAAAGCAGCUGAAAAUGAAUUACAUGAUGCAGUUGAUCGUAUUAGUGAUAUAAAUACACAAAAUGCGAAUUUAUUUUCACAACGACGACAACUUGAAUCAACUAUUACUGCUAUGCAAGCUGAUUUAGAUGAAGCUGUUAGUGAACUUAAAAAUAAUGAAGAACAUGCUAAGAAAGCAAGUGCUGAUGCUUCACAUCUUGUUGAAGAAUUACGUCAAGAACAAGAUCAUGCUUUACAAGUUGAACGAUUAUGCAAAGGUCUUGAACAACAGGUUAAAGAUCUUCAAACACGUCUUGAUGAAGCUGAAGCUAAUUCACUUAAAGGUGGAAAACGUGUUAUUGCUAAACUUGAACAACGUAUACAUGAAUUGGAGAAUGAAAAUGAAUUAGAACAACAUCGUCAUCAGGAAACGUUGAAAGAAUUACGUAAAAAUGAUCGUCGUUUGGAAGAACUUGCAUUUCAAACAGAAGAAGAUCGUCAAAAUCAAUUACGUUUACAAGAUCUUACUGAAAAAUUACAAUCAAAGAUUAAAGUUUACAAACGUCAAGUUGAAGAAGCUGAGGAAAUUGCUGCACUUAAUUUAGCUAAGUUUCGUAAAGUUCAAACAGAACUUGGUGAGUUAAUUAAUGAAAAAAAAACAAUCGAAAAUGUUUUUCUUUUUGCAGAAGACUCAACUGAACGUGCUGAUUUAGCUGAAAAUCAACUUAGUAAAUUACGUGCCAAAAAUCGAACGUCUGUUGUGAAUAGUCGUUCUUUAUUCAUCUAGAAAUCCAAAAGACAAGACAAAAAAAAAAUCAUAAUCAAUUAACAAAAAAAAAAAAAAGAACGAUUUAUUUUUUUUUUAUUUUGUUUCAGUUAAAAUAGUUGGCAUAGUACAUGUUAUAUGAAUAGUUGAUACCCAACGUGUAUCAUUCAUA